AUGAUGUAUGCUGAUUACACCGCUCGUAACAUCUGGCAAGAUAUCGUCCUUGUCAAAAGCCACGGACGUAUUCGACGCCAGGGAUAUAGCAACUAUGAAGCGAGCGCUGAUAGCCAGCAGUGCACAUCGUGCGUACAAUUGCAGUGCCCACCAGGGCCACCUGGACCACCAGGCGUGAACGGAGAACCUGGCAUGGAUGGCGCUCCAGGACGUCCCGGAAAACCCGGACUUGAUGGUCUAGACGUUCCUCUUGAUCCGGAGCCAAGUUUCCCGUGUGUCAUCUGUCCAGCAGGACCACCAGGAAAUCGCGGUCCACAAGGUGAAACCGGCCGCCCAGGAAUGCCUGGGGAACCAGGUCAUCCAGGUCUGCCCGGUCGCCCUGGAAAACCUGGAAGAGUUGGUGACGCUGGUCCACAGGGUGAUCCAGGCGAGGAAGGUGAACCUGGAAUCAAAGGUCCACCUGGAGACGACUCAAUCGGUGGCACGGGAAUCAAGGGUCCUCCUGGACCUCCUGGUCCACGAGGUCCAAAAGGGCCGCCAGGAACUAAUGGCAUGCCAUCACAAAAUCCUGGACCAGCAGGUCCAAUCGGAGAAAUGGGACCUCCUGGUCCUCCUGGUCCUCGUGGAGAACCCGGACCUCCUGGACCAUUCGGUCCACCUGGAGAUGCUGGAGAACCUGGAGGACACUGUCCAUCGUCGUGUGGGGUGCAAGAGAUUGUAGCACCAUCGGUUUCCGAACUCGACACCGGCGAGUAUUCCCAGCAGAACUAUCCGCGUAGCCCCGAAAGAGGACGCUACAGUGGGGGUUAUGGAAAGAAGUAA